AUGGCAUUGGGACUAAUACUAGGGUUAGGAAGGGCAUUUCGUCGAAAGCGCACAUCAUCCCUUGACAUUCUUUCCUCCAAACGUGCCCCAAGGGAUUACUACAAGGGGAAGAAUUGCAAGCCCAUUGGUUUCCACACCCGAAAAGCUAAGUAUGUCGUGCAGCAGGAGAAAUUACCUAACUACGUAGUCCCUGAUUUAACUGACUUCAAGCUCAAACCGUAUGUAUCCCAGUGCCCCAGAGAGGUCAAGACUAGUGAGUCUGCUGAAUCAAUUAAAUAA